AUGCCUUCGCCAGAGUCGCCCCAGAAAAUCCGCAUCUCGAUUGACCGCGGCGGCACCUUCACCGACUGCGUCGCUUCUGUGCCGGGCAAGGAGGAUAUCGUCAUCAAGCUGCUCUCGGUCGACCCGGAGAACUACAAGGAUGCCCCGUCCGAGGCCAUCAGGAGGGUGCUCGAGAUGGCCACGGGGAAGAGCUUCCCCAAAGGCCAGAAGAUCUCGCUGGCCGACGUCGAAUCCAUAAAGAUGGGCACCACCGUGGCCACCAACGCGCUGCUGGAGAGAAACGGCGAACCCACCGUCUUCUGCGUGUCCGAGGGCCUGAAGGACCUGCUGCACAUUGGCAACCAGGCGCGGCCGCGUCUUUUCGACCUGGCAAUCAACCGGCCCGGCGUCCUCUACUCGGACGUCAUCGAGGUCUCGGAAAGGGUCACCCUGGAGGACUGGACCGAGCGCAGCGACAGCGCCCAAGUCGACCCUACAGGGCUCGUCCGAGGCGUCACCGGCGAGUGGGUGCGGGUGUUGAAGCCGCUCGAUGUGGCAAAGGUCACGAGAGAGCUGCGUGCGGCGUAUGCGCAGGGCUACCGCUCGGUGGCUGUCUGCCUCAUGCACUCGUACACGUUCCCCGACCACGAGAGGGUCAUUGGCGAGGUCGCAGAGGAGAUUGGCUUUGACCAAAUCUCCCUCUCGUGCGUGGCUGCGCCCUCGAUCAAGAUCGUGCCGCGGGGGCACGCGGCUGUGGCCGACGCGUAUCUGACGCCGCAGAUCAAAAAGUACAUCGACGGCUUCGUAUCGGGGUUCGAGGACCUGGACGGCAGCGAUUGCCGGUGCGAGUUCAUGCAGAGCGACGGCGGACUGGUCGAGUUCAAGAGGCUGUCGGGGCUGCGGGCGGUGCUGUCUGGCCCGGCAGGCGGCGUCGUGGGCUACGCGCGGACCUGCUACGACGACACGGACAAGACGCCGCUGAUCGGCUUCGACAUGGGAGGCACGAGCACCGACGUGUCCAGAUUCGCUGGCGAGCUGGAGCACGUGUUUGAGACGACGACGGCCGGCGUCGUCAUCUCCACCCCCCAGUUGGACAUCAACACGGUGGCCGCUGGAGGCGGGAGCAUCCUGUCCUGGAGGAACGGCCUCUUCAACGUCGGGCCCGAGAGCGCAAGCAGCCAUCCCGGCCCGGCCUGCUACAGAAAGGGAGGGCCGUUGACCAUCACUGAUGCCAAUCUGGUCCUCGGGAGGAUCAACGCCGAUUCCUUCCCGCACAUCUUCGGACCCAAUGCGGACGAGCCGUUGGACAUUUCGGCGAGCCGAAAGCUCUUCGGCGAGAUGACGUCGGUCAUCAACGGCGAGACGGGGGGACAACUCACGAUGGAGGAGGUGGCGGCAGGCUUCCUGAGCGUGGCCAACGAGUCCAUGUGCAGGCCGAUCCGGAUAUUGACAGAGGCCAAGGGCCACGACAGCAGCCUCCACAACCUGGCGUCGUUUGGCGGCGCGGGCGGGCAGCACGCGUGCGAACUGGCCGCCAUCCUCGGGAUACGCCGGGUGCUCAUCCACAAGUACUCGUCCAUCCUCUCCGCCUACGGCAUGGCGCUUGCCGACGUCGUGCACGAGGAGCGCCAGCCGGCGGCGCUGCAGUACUGCGACUCGUCGCUCCCCAUCAUCUCCGAGGCCCUGGACAAGCUGUCGACCAAGGCCGAGGACGUGCUCAUCGGCCAGAGCAUCUCGCCCGCGCGCAUGGCGACGGAGAAGUACCUCAGCCUCCGGUUCCACGGCAGCGACACGGCCAUCAUGGUGCCGCAAAAGGAGGGCAGCGACGUGCUGCAGGCGUUCAAGGACGCCCAUCUGCACGAGUUUGGCUUCGUCCCCGAGGGCCGCGCAGUCAUCGUCGACGAGUUCAGGGUGCGGUCGGUUGGCAAGAGCCCCAUCGAGUCGUCGACAGGCGCCGCACGCGCAGAGGCGCCUGCCCCGGCCGGGAAGACGGCAGGCCAGACGGCGACGGGCCAGACGCCCGUGUACUUUGAGGGCCGCGGCUGGGUCGACGCCCCCGUCUACCGACUGAACGGCCUCGACCGGGGCAGCACCAUCCAGGGCCCGGCGCUCAUCCUGGACAACACGCAGACCAUCGUGGUGACGCCCAACGCGGCGGCCACGGUGCAGGCGGACAAGAUCGUCAUCGACCUGACGGCGGGCGAGAAGGCGUCCAUCUCGAGCACCAAGGCGGACCCGGUGCAACUGUCCAUCUUCGCGCACCGCUUCAUGGGCGUGGCCGAGCAGAUGGGCAGGGCGCUGCAGCGCACCAGCGUCAGCACCAACAUCAAGGAGCGGCUCGACUUCAGCUGCACCGUCUUCUCGCCCGACGGCGGGCUGGUGGCCAACGCCCCCCACGUGCCCGCCAUGAUCGGCAGCAUGGCCUAUGCCGUCAAGUGGCAGAUUGACCACUGGAAGGGCGACCUUGCCCCCGGCGACGUCAUCCUGUCCAACUCGCCCGUGGCCGGCGGCACCCAUCUGCCCGACCUCACCGUCAUCACCCCCGUCUUCGACACCGCCGGCCGCAACAUCAUCUUCUGGACCGCCUCCCGCGGCCACCACGCCGACGUGGGCGGCGUCCUCCCCGGCUCCAUGCCGCCCAACUCGCGCGAGCUGUGGGAGGAGGGCGCCGUCAUCGAGUCCUUCAAGGUCGUGCAGGGCGACCGCUUCAACGAAGACGAACUGACGCGGCUGCUGCUGGCGCCGGGCAAGAUCCCAGGCUGCAGCGGGACGCGCUGCCUCAAGGACAACAUCUCCGACAUCAAGGCCCAGGUGGCGGCGAACCACCGCGGCACCCAGCUCAUCCGCGCCCUGUACGACGACUACGGCAAGGACGUCGUCACCUUCUACAUGGGCGAGGUCCAGGCCGCCGCCGAGCUCGCCGUCCGCGACCUCCUGAAAGCCGUGCACAAGAAGCACGCCGGCCGCAGCCUGGAAGCCACCGACUACAUGGACGACGGCACCCCCAUCAGCCUCAAAGUCACCAUCGACGGCGCCACCGGCGACGCCACCUUUGACUUCACCGGCACCGGGCCCGAGGCCUACGGCAACUGGAACGCCCCCAUCGCCAUCACGCACUCGGCCAUCAUCUUCGCGCUCCGCAGCUUCAUCACGCACGACAUCCCCCUCAACCAGGGCUGCAUCCGGCCGAUCCGGGUGCACGUGCCAGACGACUGCCUGCUCAAGCCCAGCGGCGAGGCGGCGUGCUGCGCCGGCAACGUGCUCACGUCGCAGCGCAUCGUGGACGUCAUCUUCCGGGCCUUCGGCGCGAGCGCCGCGUCGCAGGGCUGCAUGAACAACCUCACCUUCGGCAUCGACGACGCCACCGGCGAGACCCCCAGCGGCCGCGGCUUCGGCUACUACGAGACCAUCUGCGGCGGCAGCGGCGCCGGGCCCUGGGGCGACGGCACCGCCGGCGUGCACACAAACAUGACCAACACGCGCAUCACGGACCCGGAGGUGCUGGAGCGCCGCUACCCCGUCGUGCUGCGCCGCUUCUGCCUGCGGCCCGGCAGCGGCGGCGACGGCGCGUUCCGCGGCGGCGACGGCGUCGUGCGCGACGUCGAGUUCUCGGUGCCGAUGAAGGUGUCGAUCCUGAGCGAGCGCCGCGUCGUCGCCCCGUACGGCCUGCACGGCGGCCGCGACGGCGAGAGGGGGCGGAACUUGUGGAUCCGGGCCGGCGGGCGCGUGCUCAACCUCGGCGGGAAGAACACGGCGAGCGUGGGGAAGGGGGACAGGAUCGUCAUUCAGACCCCCGGUGGGGGUGGAUGGGGUGAUCCGAAGGCGAGGGGGGCGUCGACUGCGGGUGCUGCUGGAUGCGGCCGGGGGUUCGUGGCUGUCGGGAAUGGCAGUGUGGAUGUUAUUUCGAGCAUGGGGCAGUCGGCGUAG